CUAUUAAUUUCAGCGGCGAGCCGGCGAACGCUCGGGCUCGGCAUCCUCAAAUUUAACACGAUGACGGACGCAACGCCGAGAACUCCGUAGAAAAAGGACCGAGGCAAUCCCACCGAUUCCACAGCCACCACCACCACCACCAAAACUCUCGCCGGCGACCGUGGGCACGGUUCGCCAGUCCAUGGACACCCCGCUCAGCGACCAUAAGGCCCAUGAGCUCGAGAGCGUCGUCAUCGACCAAACAGAUCCCGCCACCGAGCCGCUUCCCGACAAUGCAUCUCGCCGGACCGGGAGUUUCCUCUCCCGACACUCCAGCGCCAAGGUCGGAUUCGGGAAUUCCUUCCGUAUCGGCUCCUCACGCAAGAGCCCCGGCGGCGCCGGGAGGCCGAAUCCCCAAUCGAAGAUGGCUCGGAUGACGUCCCGCGCACAGACCGGGAUCAGAGGGCUCCAAUUCCUCGACAAGACCUCCGGCGGCAGCGGGGGGUGGGAGGCCGUCGAGAAGAGGUUCGAGCAAUUAGCCGUCGAUGGGAGGCUUCCAAAGGAGAAUUUCGGCCGCUGCAUCGGCAUGGCGGAGUCAAAGGAGUUUGCUGAAGAGAUAUUUGUUGCUUUAGCAAGGAGAAGAAACUUGGAGCCGCAAAAUGGUAUAGCCAAAGAUGAACUAAAAGAAUUUUGGGAAGAAAUGACAGAUCAAAACUUUGAUUCUCGGUUACAAAUAUUUUUUGACAUGUGUGAUAAGAAUGGUGAUGGAAAGUUAUCUGAAGAUGAAGUGAAGGAGAUUAUUAUCCUGAGUGCCUCAGCAAACAAGCUUGUGAAAUUGAAACAUCAUGCAGCAACCUAUGCAGCACUUAUAAUGGAGGAACUCGACCCGGAUGGCCUCGGCUAUAUUGAGCUUUGGCAGCUUGAGACAUUACUUCAAGGAAUGGUUUGCUCACAAGGAAGUGAGAACACAAUCAAAAGUUCACAUACCCUUGCUAGAACAAUGAUACCUAAGAGAUAUAGAAAUCCAAUAAAUAGAGUCAUCACCACCACCGUAGAUUUCGUUUAUGAGAAUUGGAAAAGGAUAUGGGUUCUUUCGUUUUGGUUGCUACUUAAUAUAGUCCUAGCUUUAUGGAAAUUUGCCCAGUACAAAAGUAGAGCAGCAUUUGAAGUGAUGGGUUAUUGCGUCUGCAUAGCCAAAGCUGCCGCUGAGACACUGAAAUUGAAUAUGGCCUUAAUUCUCAUCCCUGUUUGUCGCAACACCCUCACAAGGCUCAGAUCAACUUGUCUUAGCUCGGUAAUUCCAUUUGAUGACAAUAUCAACUUCCACAAGACCAUUGCGCUGGCAAUAACUAUAGGAACUUCAGUGCACACCCUUGCACAUGUAACAUGUGAUUUUCCUAGGCUAAUUACAUGUCCAAAUUCCAAAUUCAUGAGCACGCUGGGACCUAAUUUCAAUUACAAGCAACCCACUUACCUGACUCUGGUAGAAAGUGCUCCAGGUGUCACUGGUAUUCUCAUGAUAUUCAUCAUGGCAUUUGCUUUCACUCUAGCAACACAUUCUUUCAGGAGGAGUGUGGUGAAGUUGCCAUCACCUCUCCACCAUUUAGCUGGGUUCAAUGCAUUUUGGUAUGCUCAUCAUCUUCUGGUUAUUGCAUACAUCCUUCUGAUAAUCCAUUCGUACUUCAUUUUCCUAACUAAGGAAUGGUACAAGAAGACAACAUGGAUGUAUCUUGCAGUUCCAGUAUCAUUUUAUGCUUGUGAGAGAAUAAUUCGUACUGUCCGUGAGAACAGCUAUGCUGUCAGCAUCGUUAAGGCAGCAAUAUAUCCAGGUAAUGUUCUUUCAAUACAUAUGAAAAAGCCACUAGGUUUCAAAUACAAAAGUGGAAUGUACCUAUUUGUCAAAUGUCCUGACGUCUCAACUUUUGAAUGGCAUCCAUUCUCAAUCACCUCUGCACCAGGAGAUGAUCAUUUGAGUGUUCAUAUCCGAACCUUGGGUGACUGGACAACUGAGCUAAGAAACCUAUUUGGAAAGGUCUGUGAGGCUCAGGUUACCUCAAAAAAGGCCAAUCUAGUUAGACUCGAAACCACAGUUGUAGCAGACGCACAAUCCUCCAAAGAUACAAGUUUCAGAUUUCCUAAGGUCUACAUUGAUGGUCCAUAUGGCGCUCCAGCUCAAAGUUACAAGAAAUACGAUAUUCUUUUGCUCAUUGGACUAGGAAUUGGUGCAACGCCGUUUAUAAGUAUUCUGAAGGAUCUCCUGAACAAUAUAAAGAACAACGAAGAUUUGCAAAGAAUGCAAAACCCAGAUCCCAGCAACAUCAAAUCAAAUGGCCCAGGAAGAGCUUACUUCUACUGGGUAACAAGGGAACAAGGAUCAUUUGAAUGGUUCAAAGGUGUCAUGAAUGAUGUUGCUGAAAGUGACCACAAUAAUGCCAUAGAAAUGCACAACUACUUGACAAGCGUGUAUGAAGAAGGCGACGCAAGGUCAACCCUCAUUGCAAUGGUCCAGUCACUCCAACAUGCAAAGAGCGGUGUCGAUAUCGUCUCAGGAAGCCGGAUACGAACGCACUUCGCAAGACCAAACUGGAGGAAAGUUUUCUCUGAUUUGGCUAACACUCACAAAGCCGCUAGAAUUGGUGUUUUUUACUGCGGAUCCCCUGCGCUCACAAAACAACUUAGAGAUCUAUCACAAGAAUUCAGCCAUACUACCACUACCCGUUUCCACUUCCACAAGGAGAACUUCUAAAGAUGAAACAAGAUGAUACAGAUAGGAAAAAACAUGUUAUUUAGGUAAAAGUCGGGAAAUUUAGUGUAGAAAUGUUGUACAUAAAUUUCAGUAUUACUUUUUGAAUUGUUACAUCAUACGUAUAGAGUAGAUACACAACAGAUGUAAUGGCGAGGAAAAAUUGGAGGAUCAAUCAGCAUUAUUUUGACAAUAAAGUUCUUUUUUUUCUUCUUCA